UCUCUGCAGAUAGCAGUGUCUGCGGCCAAACCUGCCUCCUCGGCCGACGACCUGUACCUGGAGGACGUCGGGUCGGGGGGUUAUCCUGAGGAUGACGACGACUUCAGCUCCGGAUCGGGAUCAGGAGCUGGAGAGGAUAUUGUGGAGGUGGCCACAGUAAACACACUCUUCAUCGUGCCUAUAGCAGAGCCCACACAGGACUCCACCAAAGACUUCACGCCCAAAAUGGAGACAUCGACGUCACGCGAUGCUCCCAAAGACACGAAGAAACGAAUCAGGAUAGAGGCUCCAGAUCCGGCCACUGAAGACUCGCACCGAAACCCCGUCACGAGCACCACGAGCCUCCCUCGAUCCCCGCUCGAGGUGCAGUCCGAGAAUCUCUUCCAGAGGACUGAGGUGUUGGCAGCUGUGAUUGCGGGAGGAGUGAUCGGCUUCCUCUUCGCCAUCUUCCUCAUCCUCCUGUUGGUUUAUCGCAUGAGAAAGAAGGAUGAAGGCAGUUACGACCUCGGGGAGAGAAAACCUUCUGGAGCGGCCUAUCAGAAAGCCCCGACCAAGGAGUUUUACGCAUAAACCCCUUCACCAACACCAGUGACGGGCCGAUAUCAGUGACUGCGACAAACUCCUUCUGCAUUCAAAAAAUCACGAGGAAAAAAAUAAAUACCGUAAAGGAAAGCUUUUUGCAUAGAGUAUUGUAAUUAAGACCUUUUCUUUCCUCUUUCAAAAAAAAAAAAAAAAAAAAAGCAUCUCUCUGUAUUUAAACAUUAUUUUCUGUGUAUUUUGAAAAGGCUGAAAAGAAACCCAAUCUGUAACGGCGAGGACAUCCGCGUCCGUCUUCUGUCAAAGGAGCUGUUUUUAGUCGCUGACUACUUUUUAAACUCUAGCAUAUGUAUUUGUAAAGAACCAUUUUAAAGUGGAAUAAUUGAAUAUAAUUGUUCUGUAUCAGUCCUGAUUUCAUUUCUCAUCCAGCAUGUCUGAUGUUGAUCAUAAGUGUUUCAUUAAUUUAUCAUUUUCUCAGAUGUUGA